CUUUGUUGAAAGAGUACUGCUGCGCGUUCGACCUCAAAGUCCGUGGCUGCACAUAGUAGUAAUCAUGAAGAUCAUCGAACUUAUCAUCGAUGGCUUCAAGUCCUACAGCCAGAGGACUGUCAUCUCUGGUUGGGACCAAAGUUUUAAUGCGGUCACUGGUCUCAAUGGCUCUGGAAAAUCAAACAUUCUGGAUUCAAUAUGUUUUGUCCUCGGUAUCACAAACAUGUCCACUGUUCGAGCCCAGAACCUCCAAGACCUCAUCUACAAGCGCGGCCAAGCAGGCGUGACCAAAGCAAGCGUUACGAUCGUUUUCGAUAAUGGCGACAAGAGUACGAGUCCGAUCGGCUUUGAAGAGUAUGGGCAAAUUAGUGUUACGCGACAGAUCGUCAUGGGUGGAACGAGUAAAUACCUGAUAAACGGGCAUCGAGCGCAGCAAACGACUGUACAAAAUCUUUUUCAGAGCGUCGGACUUAACAUCAACAACCCAAAUUUUAUCAUUAUGCAAGGUCGCAUCACAAAGGUCCUCAAUAUGAAAGCGGCAGAAAUCCUGGCAAUGAUCGAAGAGGCUGCUGGCACACGUAUGUUUGAGGACAGGAAAGAGAAGGCACAAAAAACAAUGGCCAAGAAAGAAAUGAAAGUGGUUGAGAUUGAAGGGCUGCUGAGAGAAGAAAUUGAGCCCAAGUUGGACAAACUUCGUGGCGAGAAGCGAGCAUGGCUUGACUACCAGAAGACACAGAGCGAGCUGGAACGCCUAACGCGUGUCGUGGUCGCAGCAGAUUAUGUACGAGCGGGCGACAAGAUGAAAUCAGCUAGCGAAGAACACGAAGCCAAGCGAGCCAAGGUACAACAUCUGGAAGAGAAUGCUGUUAAGCUCAAGCGUGAAAUCGAGAAUUUGGCCGAGGACGCUCAGAGAGUGCGAGAUGUCCGAGAGAAGGAGAUGCGCAAAGGUGGGCGUUUCCAGGCUCUAGAAGCCCAAGUGAAAGAACUCAGCCACGAGCUCGUGCGGUUAUCUACUGUGCUCGAUCUGAAACAGUCAAGCGUUGUCGAAGAAGAGCAGAGGAAAAAGGAAGUGGCCAAGAAUGUUAAGAGCCUAGAAAAACAGGUUGCCGACAAGAAAAAGAGCUUGGGGAAACUCCAAACACGAUGGGACAGCGCGAAAUCCGAACUUGAUGUCCAGAACGCAGAAGUCGAAAAGAAAGAAGAGCUGCUAUCGACACUUCAGACAGGAGUGGCAUCUCGAGAAGGCCAGGAAAGUGGCUAUCAAGGACAAUUGCAAGAAGCACGGAAUAGACUCACAACAGCCGGCACCGAACAAGAACAAGCGAAAUUGAAGAUUUCUCACCUUGAAAAACGCAUCAAGGAGGACGAGCCGAGAGCAAAGAAGGCUAGAGAACAAAACGCUGAUCUGCUCAAAGGCUUGGAAGUUCUGCGAAAGCAAGCCCACAAACUGGAAGGAGACCUGCAAAAGUUAGGCUUCGAGCCAGGCCGAGAAGAAGCUAUGCGGGAACGAGAAGUGGCGCUCCAGAAGAGCAUCCGAACCCUUUCGCAGGAAGCUGACGGAUUGAGGCGAAAGGUUGCCAAUGUUGACUUCCACUUCAGCGAUCCUUCGCCCAACUUUGACCGUUCAAAAGUCAAAGGACUUGUUGCUCAACUGUUCACCUUGGACAAGGACAAAUCAAUAGCUGGUACCGCUCUGGAGAUUUGUGCUGGAGGAAGACUGUAUAAUGUUGUCGUCGACACAGCCGAGACGGGCACACAACUCUUGCAGAAUGGCAAGCUGAAGAAGAGAGUCACUAUCAUUCCUUUGAACAAGAUCACUGCUUUCAGGGCAUCUGCAGAAAAAGUCGGUGCAGCUCAACGGAUAGCACCCGGCAAAGUCGAUUUGGCUUUGUCAUUGAUCGGAUAUGACCAUGAGGUUUCCGCCGCUAUGGAUUAUGUGUUCGGAACCACAUUAAUCUGCCAAGAUGCAGACACAGCAAAGAGGGUCACUUUCGACCCAGCUGUUAGGCUGAAGAGUGUGACACUUGAAGGUGACGUGUAUGAUCCCUCAGGUACGCUUUCUGGCGGCAGCUCACCGAAUUCGAGUGGUGUGCUUGUCGUUCUGCAGAAGUUGAAUGAAGUCACCAAAGAGCUUGAGAAGCAUCAAUCCGAGUUCCGAGAGCUUCAGCAGACCAUGAAGAACGAACAAGCCAAAAUGACGAAUAUCAAGACCAUUAAGCAGGAGCUGGAUCUCAAGACCCAUGAGAUCAAACUGACUGAGGAGCAGAUUUCCGGCAACUCAUCCUCUUCCAUCAUUCACUCCAUUGAAGAAAUGAAGGCGUCAAUCGUGCAGUUGAAGGAGGACAUGACGAAUGCAAAGUCGAGACAAGCAGAAGCCGCCAAGGAUGUUAAACGCAUUGAAAUGGACAUGGAAGAUUUCAGCAAAAACAAAGACAGCAAACUGAAGGAGCUGGAAAAAUCAUUGACCGAGUUAAAGAAAUCUCUGACCAAGACUCAAGCUGCCAUCAAGUCACUUCAGAAGGAAUUGCAAGAUGUGAGGAUCGACUGUGAACAAGCAGAAAGUGAUCUGAAUGCUGCUGAAGAACAGAUGAAUGAGGCGACUAACACCAUCGAGGUCCAAAAGCAGGAGCUGCAGACUCUGCGAGAAGAAGAAGCAACGGUCAAGAACAAACAUGACGUUGCACAAGCGGAACUGACUGACGAGCAAGCCAAAUUGACUGGCUUUGACGACGAACUUCGCGAGCUCGAACAAGCCAAGUCGAAGAAAUCGAAACAGACAACAGAAGAGGCACUUGAAGCACAAGGGCUCAGCCACGCUGUAGAGAAAGCCCAAAAAGAUGCGCAAGCCGCCUCACAGCUUGUGGCCGCGCUGGAGAAAGAGCACGACUGGAUCGAAGACAACAAAGACCAAUUCGGCCGAGCUGGCACGCCGUACGAUUUCCAGGGCAAGAAUCUAGCUGAAAGUCGAGCGACGUUGAAGAAUGUUACCGAACGAUUCCAGGGCAUGAAGAAGAAGAUCAACCCGAAGGUGAUGCCUAUGAUCGAUAGUGUCGAGAAGAAGGAGACAAGCCUGAAGAAUAUGCUCCGGACGGUCAUCAGAGAUAAAACGAAGAUUGAGGAGACGAUCGUGACUCUGGAUGAGUAUAAGAAAGAGGCGCUGGUCAAGACGUGGCGCAAAGUCACGGAGGAUUUUGGAAAUAUCUUUUCGGACCUUCUGCCUGGCAACAACACUGCCAAGUUGGUGCCACUCGACGACAACAUCGACCGGAUCCAGCAGGGUCUCGAGGUCAAGGUGUGUUUGGGCAAGGUGUGGAAGCAGAGUCUCACAGAACUUUCGGGUGGUCAGAGAUCUCUCGUCGCGCUUUCGUUGAUCCUGGCGCUGCUACAAUUCAAGCCUGCGCCAAUGUAUAUUUUGGACGAGGUUGAUGCGGCUUUGGAUUUGUCGCAUACCCAGAAUAUCGGCCGGAUCAUCAGGACGAGAUUCACGGGAUCGCAGUUUAUUGUGGUCAGUCUGAAGGAUGGCAUGUUUCAGAAUGCGAACCGUGUGUUCAGGACGAGGUUCAGUGAGGGCACGAGUGUGGUUACUGUCAUGACACCGGGAGAGCUGAAGGGUUGAUUGCUGUCUUGCUUGCAUUUGGUCGAUGUUUUGGUGGUUGGAGACAAUAUUGGGCGUUCAAUGCAUUUGUAUAUACUGUCUGAGGAGGGAUGAGUUAUGACUUGAUGAGAGUAUGUCUAAUUCGGCGGACUGAUAUGCAUCUGCCACUAGGAUCUUUUCGUGGCUUGAGAUGGUGUCGCAAUAUUACCACAUUCUUGCUUUGAUA